AUGGAGGAAACAAAUAAGCACUGUGAAAGUCCAGGUUCUGUUCGAAUUGUGACUGGUAAAGUGGAAAAUUUAAGUGCUAACAGGAUAGGAAGUUUACCAAAAGGUCUGUUUUCGUCGAACGUAAAUCUGAAAGAAUUAUAUGUCAGUAACAAUAACUUAGUAAGUUUACCAGAUGAUCUGUUAUCGAACAACACAAAUCUUGUAAUCUUAGAAUUAGAUAGAAACAAUUUAGGAAGUUUACCAGAAGGUCUGUUAACAUUCAACACAAAUCUUGAAUAUUUAUCUCUCAGUGGCAAUAACUUAGUAAGUUUACCAGAAGGUCUGCUUUCGGACAAAACAAAUAUUAGAGAAUUAUAUUUAUCGGAUAACAAGUUUGAAAGAACACCAGAAGGUCUGUUAACCAUGUUAACAUUGAACACAAAUCGUCUUGAAUUAUAUUUAGACAAAAAUCCAUUGAUGUGCUGUCUUAUCAUUGAGCUUAAAGAAUUGGCAUCGAAAAAAACACAAUUGGAGGUUGUUGGGGAAUGUACUAUUUCAAAUACCACCAUAAAUAUUCGUGAUUUUAAAACGUCAGACUGCAUUCUUCCAGUUGAUGGAGGAUGGAGUUCUUGGUUCAACUCGUCUUGUUCUGUGUCAUGUGGAGAGGGCAUCAGAAUCCAAAACAGGACAUGUGACAAUCCCCCACCAUCUGGAAGUGGACAGAAUUGUGUUGGUUCCGAAAAUAAAACAUCAGUCUGUAACUUAGGAGAAUGUCCAGUUGAUGGAGGAUGGAGUUCAUGGUUCAACUCGUCUUGUUCUGUGUCAUGUGGAGAGGGCGUCAGAAUCCGAAACAGGACAUGUGACAACCCCUCACCAACUGGAAGUGGACAAAAUUGUGUUGGUUCUGAAACUGAAACAUCAAUCUGCAACUUAGGAAAAUGUCCAAGUAAAUUAAUUAAAUACAACAGAUUAAAAUAA